AACCGAAACCUCUUCCAACGAGAUCGAUGAAAGCUAGGGUUCUUUUCAAAAAAAUUCUCUCCGUGAUCGAGAAUGGCGUUCGCGAGGAGGUUUCAGACAGUUCGCGCUCUGUUUCGAGCAUCAGAGAUUCGCGAGUCUUCUGUUCUAUUUGGGAGUUCGAGGAGCUAUCUUCAUCGCAUUUCUCAAGCUCCUGAACCUUAUGGAGAGAGUUCUUCUUUCUUAUACAAGAGGCAGAAUGCUCUCUCAUGCCCCCUUGGGAAUACGCAUAUGCUUCGUUCUACAAUGGCUGCUGAUAAAAGGUCCUUUGCAGCACAAGUAAACGCUUCACCUCAGUUAAGGAAGACGAGUGCUGUAAAAUUUUCAAUGAUGAGCCCUGGAUUUGUUUAUGAACCAUAUGCAAUCAGGGAGCCAAUCCCUUUUUGGCGGAGAUGUUUUACAAGAAGUGGUUGGGAGAGAACGAAAGAAGAUUUUCUUCGUCAGCUAAGAAGUGCAUAUGCUAUUGCUAAGCUACGAAAGACCGGAUACUCAAAAAAUAAGUUCUACCUAGAAGCUCUUGAAUUAUACAAGGAGAUUAACAUUCUGAUGGCCAACGGUGACAAAAAAGCCAUAAGGAAAAGCGUAACGGAAAGAAUGUAUUCUACACUGAAGAAUGAAAUUAAACAAAGGGAAGCUGUGUGGGGCAGUGUUUAUUGGGAAAUGAUUGAACCAGCCAACAAAAUACGAACGUUGCAGGCUCGGCUGAUCGGUAUCGAUCAGAAGGACAUGAAUAAAGCUUUCAUACAACUGACUCUCGAGUUUCUGACGAAGCAGAAAUUCGAGGCAUAUGAUUCACAAGGCAAUGUUGUAGCUGGAGAUAGGAACAAAGAGGUUCUUGUACGAGACGUGUGGGUCUUUGAGAAGUCACUUUUCCACACGGGAGCCUACUGGCGACUCUGCGGCCGGCUCAAGGUCUGAAAGCUGCGACAUUCUGGUAAAAAGGAUUCAGGCAAAAACUUAACCAUCCAUGUUUUUUUUUUAAAAAAUUUUGAAAGCAAAUAGUGUAAGAUUCAAAACCAUAAUGAUACAAAGUCAAAUAAUCGAACCGAGCAGGAGUCUCUUGUGAUCUUACUGUUGCUGCUUUCAGUUGCAUCUGAAAGUUGUUUGGGGUUAUGAACAGGAUUUCGUAGCUCUAAGCAGCAUAUUACCCGGUUGUUACUUUCUGUUUCUUUUAUCAGAUUCUGGGGAAAAGCCCGAGUCUUGUUUCGUA